AAUAAAAGAACACUCCCCUAAAACGCGAAACGUCAACCGCACGCCAUCUUGCGCUCUCUCCAUCUCUUUUUCCGGUUGCCCUCACAAGUGCACGAUGCCAGGAAUCACCGUCAAGGACGUCGACCAGGACAAGGUUGUCCAGGGUGUUGCCCUGUUCCUCAAGAAGUCCGGCAAGCUAAAGGUCCCGGACUACAUCGACCUGAUCAAGACGGCCAAGUACAAGGAGCUGGCCCCGAGCGAUCCGGACUGGUUCUACGUGCGCUGUGCGUCGAUCCUGCGCCGCCUGUACCACCAGAGCCCGUCCGGCGUCGGUGCCAUCACCCGGAUCUACGGUGGCCGCAAGCGCAACGGUGUCCGGCCGUCCCACUUUUGCCGUGCCGACGGUAGCGUCGCCCGCAAGGCCGUCCAGGCGCUCGAGCAGAUCAAGCUGAUCGAGAAGCACGCCGACGGUGGCCGCAAGCUCACGAGCCAGGGCCAGCGCGAUUUGGACCGUAUCGCGGCCCAGAUCGUGACGAAGCAGCGUGCCGCCCUGAAGAAGGAAGCGGCCACGAUUGUGCUGGCGUAAAAAUAAAGAAAAGUGGUGUCGGAGUGUACGCGCGCGCGUGAAGGAUGUAUUCGAUAAGUUAAAACCAUUAAAACGCUGAAAUCCACACAAA